UCUAAAACCCCGGAAACAGGUUUUUAUGUUUGGGCAGUUUCAGAUCACCUUUCUUCAGUGAAAGAAACAUGGCGAAGGAAAUUUUGACUCUUGAUAAUGCGACCACCUGCACAUCUUGGAACCUUUCCGGUACCAGACUCGCUGCUGCUUCCGCUGAUGGCACACUUUCAAUCUUCGAUUCCCGCGAUCCAUCUUCUUCUUCCUCCCUCCGCUCUACUUUCAAAUCUAGGGUUCUCGAAGGAAAGAUCGUGAAGAUUGUUUGGGUUCCGCCAGAGUACGGUGAUGCAGUCGCGUGUAUUUCCGCCCAUGGAAUUGUGUCAUUGUGGGAGGAGGUUGCAGAAGAUUCGCAGUCUCUUCAGUGGAAGAUGUGCAAAAGCUUUGGAGACAGUUCAAGCAAAGUCCUUGAUGUUCAAUUCGGGAUCUCUUCGACUAGUUUGAAAAUGGUUGCAGCAUAUUCAGAUGGCAAUAUAAGAGUUUUUGAGCUCUUGAACCCCUUAGAACUGAGAAACUGGCAGCUUCAGGCUGAAUUUCAAAAUGUUAUCGAGUCGGUGUCUGCAUUUGGAAAGGCUUCGUGCCUCUCUGCAUCCAUAUCUUGGAAUCUACAAAAGGGUGCAAGCCAGGAAUCAAGCUUCCUUGUAGGUUUUAAUUCAAAUACAUCAGAGCUUAAUUCUUCCAAGGUAUGGGAAUUUGAUCAGGCUCAUCAAAGAUGGCUUCCGGUAGCAGAAUUGGCACUGCCUGAAGACAAGGGUGAUCAGGUUUAUGCUGUUGCAUGGGCACCAAAUAUUGGCAGACCGUAUGAGAUCAUAGCGGUUGCAACUCACAAAGGACUUGCAAUAUGGCAUCUUGGAUUGAACCCUGACCAUGAUGGAAGACUCCCGGUAGACCGAGUUGCACUACUGUCAGGUCACCAGGGCAUGGUGUGGCAAAUGGAAUGGGAUAUGAGUGGAAUGACGUUGGCUACUACAGGGCAAGAUGGAAUGGUCCGAUUAUGGCAGUCUAAUCUCAAUGGCGUUUGGCAUCAGCAAGCUGCAUUUGAACCCACUUCGUAGCCACUAGAGCAGUUAAACGCAUCCGUUUUACGUGAAAAUGAAUCUCAAAUUUUUGUUCUGUAGAGAAGAUUAAAAUGCCCAGUCUACUUUUGAACGGCGAUCGAUAAUUUAAACCGCAUUCAGUUUGUGAAGUAGCAGGUGACAUGGGUUCCCAUUUUUUGUUUUUGUUUUUGGCACACCCAGAAGUAACUAUUAAAUAUUUCUGUUGUAAUUUAGGUGGACGACAUUUAUCCUGUUAGAUGAAAGAUCUUUCAACUAA